AUGCGCUUCUAUACAGCUGCCAUUGCCCUCGCCGGCGCCACCACUGCCAUGGCAUCCGCCAUCCCAGGCAAGAGCGCUCUCGUGGACCGUCAAGUGACCCUGUGCUCCGGCGCCGAUAGCUCGGCCGUCUGCUGCGCGACCGAUGUGCUUGGUGUCGCCGACCUCAACUGUGCACCUCCUCCAACUACUCCCACCAGCAUUGAUGACUUUACCAGCAUCUGUGCCUCCAUUGGCCAGCAAGCCCGGUGCUGCUUGCUGCCUAUUCUCGAACAAGGUCUUAUCUGCACCUCCCCUGGGAAGUAG